AUGAAGUCUGUAAUAUUCAUCGCCUUCACCGCCGCUGGAGCGGCUGUGAGCUCCGUCACGGCUUUGUCCUUCCCUCGCGCCACUGAGGGCCAGGGAUUCAUUGCCAUGCCGGUCAGACAGGUCAGGCCCGAUUACAGUGACCUUGACAAGAGAGCGGCCAUCGAGGUUACUCUCAAGAACCAGCAGUUCUACUACUCGACUGAUAUCUCGAUCGGCACUCCUGCCCAGCAGGUCACUGUCCUGCUCGAUACCGGCUCCUCUGAGCUCUGGGUCAACCCGGACUGUGCCACCGCUCCUUCUGCCUCCCAGGCCAAGCAGUGUAUCGCCGCUGGCCAGUACAACCCGGCCAAGAGUCGCACCCCGGCCGUUGGCCCCAUUGGAGCUCGAAGACUCAACUACGGAGACAAUUCGGACCCCAGCACUCAGACCAGCGCCGAGAUCGCUUACUACGUUGACACCAUUACUAUGGGCGCUGGUGCCAUCGUUAACCAGACCUUUGGCCUCGUCACCAAGAGCGAUGGCAUCGCCACCGGCAUCAUGGGCCUGGCUCCGGACCUCAAGGUUGGAUUCGAGAAGGGCAAGCCCUACAGCCUGAUCCUCAACACCUUGGCUGAUCAAGACAUCAUCGGCAGCCGUGCCUUCUCGCUGGAUCUCCGUCACUCUUCCUCUGACUCUGGCGCGCUCAUCUACGGCGGUCUCGACAAGGGCAAGUUCAUCGGAGAGCUUCUGAAGGUCCCCAUGGUCGCUGGCAUCAGAGGCGAGCCUCGUCUCGCAGCUACCCUUUCCGCCGUGGGCAUGACUCUUCCCAACCAGCCCGUCAAGUCUUACGACCUCGGUGCGGCUGACACGAACGUUAUGCUUGAUUCGGGCACUACCCUGACGCGCCUCCAUCCUGCCCUCGCGCGUCCCAUUCUCGCAGACCUCAAGGCAGUGAGCGACAGCACCGGAUACUGGACCGCCGACUGUUCCCUCCGCACCCCGACCCUCGCCAACGGCGGCAGCGACUCCUACGUGACCUUCACCUUUGGCAAGAAGACCAUCCGCGUGCCCCUCAGCGACUUCAUCCUCGACAUGGGCCCCAAGGACGGCCAGUGCUACGUCGGUCUCGUCAUCACCACCGACCAGCAGAUCCUCGGCGACAGCAUGAUGCAGGCCGGCUACUUCGUCUUCGACUGGGACAACCAGGCGAUCCACAUGGCCCAGGCCGCCGACUGCGGCAAGGAGGACAUCAUCGCCAUCACCAACGGCGAGAACGCCGUCCCCAGCGGCCUCGUCGGACUCUGCAACGGACCCGCCACCCCGGACGGCAGCGUCGCGCCCGCGCCUGGUGCAUCAUCCUCCUCCGCGACCGGUACCGCCUCGCCCGCUUCCUCCGCUGGUACUACCCCCACUACGGCCACCGGCGGCAGCGGUGGUGGUGGCUCCUCGACGACCACGGGCACGACGACUGCUGCCCCGACCGCGACCGAUCCUUCCUCGUCGAGCUCCUCCGAUUCUCACAAUGCCGCCUCGUCCCUUUUGGGCAGUGACCAGGUAUUCAUGGGCUUGUUCAUGAGCGUAUUGGCUAUCCUGGCCACCGCGGCUGCGUUCUAA